CUAACACAAGUCUUACAUGUGGCCCUUGUCUUUUUAUUUAGAGACUAACAGAAAGAAUGGGUUCCAAACUGAUCCAUUUAUUGCUGGUUAUUUUAAUAGGUAAGUACUGAAAGCAUUUGACAAAUGUCGAAUGUUCUUUAUUGUCAAUUAAAUGACAAGGCUUAUUGUAAUGCAAUGAUACUAUUUAAAAAAUCAGUAAAGAAUGUUUUCAAGGAUAUCUGAAAUGUUGUUUUUAGUGCAAUUACUGGCUGCAACAGCUACAACAACUACUACAACAUUAGUGCUGACAACGACUGCAGAAGCAAGGAUGACCACACAUAAUCCAGCAACAAUUACAACAGCACCAGAUGCAACUACAACCUCUGCAAUAACAACUACCACACCUGUUCAAACAACCACCAUAACAGAAACAACAGCUACACUAGCUCAAACAACCACCCCUUUAUUAGCAACAACAACCAUUCCAGAAACAACAACUACACAAGCAACAACAAAAACUACAACAUUGCCAGCAACAACUACAGGAGUUAUUACAAAUACACCAAUCCCAAUAACUUCAACUGAAGCCCCAGUUACAGCUACAAUAGUACUGAUUGCUUCAACAACCACUGCAGACACAACCAGGACUUCAGCUUUAACAACAACCCCAUCAGAAGCAACAGCAACAAUUCCAGAAACAACAACCACACCAAUAGCAAUAACAACAAUGUUGUCACCACCAACAACAACAAACGUUAAUUCAAGUGCAUCAGCCCAAAUAACUACAACGGCAUUUUUAGUUGCAACUACAACAGUACUUGCUGAGACAACAACCACUGCAGAGACAAGAACAUCAGCUCAAACAACGACCCGGCCAUCAUCAACAACAACCAUUCCAGAUACAACAACCACCCAAGCAGCAACAACUACAGAAAUUACUACAACUUCACCAGUCCAAACAACUACAACUAUAGCUCAAUUGUCAACCUCUACUGUACUAACUGAAUCAGCAACCAGUGUCGAAACAAGUAGCACAGCAGCUCAAACAACAACAACACAAACACCAACAACAACCAUUCCAAAGACAAUGACGACAACAUUGUCACCACCAACAUCAACAGACAUUAUUUCAAGUGCACCAGCCCAAAUAACUACAACUGCAGCUUCAGUUACAACAGUACUGGCUAGGACAACAAUUGCUGCAGAGACAACAAGCACAUCUGCUCAAACAACAACCAUUCCAGACAGAACAACCACACAAGCAGCACCAACUACAGCAUUAUCAGCAACAAUCACAGAGAUUAUUACAAAUUCACCAGUCCCAGUAAUUACAACUACACCUGUAGUUACAACUACAACAGCACCAGCUGGGACAACAACCAAUGUAGCGACAACAAGCACAUCAGCUCAAACAAUGACCCUGCCAUCAUCAACAACAACCAUCCCAGAAACAACAACCACACAAGCAGGAACAACUACAACAUUAUCAGCAACAACAACCACAGAAGUUAUUACAAACACACCACUCCCAAUAACUACAGCUGCAGCACAAUUUCCAACCUCAACUCUACUAGUUGAAUCAGCAACUAGUGUCGAGACAAGUAGCACAUCAGCUCAAACAGCAACAACACAAAUACCGACAACAAUCAUUCCAGAAACAACCACACCAAUAGCAAUAACCACAACAUUGUUUACAACUACAACAGCACCAGCUGGGACAACAACCACUGCAGAGAGAUCCAGCACAUCAGCUCACACAACAACCCUGCCAUCAUCAACAACAACCACUACAGAAACAACGACUGCAGAAGCAGCAGCACCAACUACAGAACUUAUUACAACUUCACCAGUCCCAAUAACUACAACUGCAGUGUCAUUGUCAACCUCAACUGAAUUAGCAACCAGUGUCGAGACAAGUAGCACAUCAGUUCAAACGACAAUAACAUCAGCAACAACAACCAUUCCACAAACAGCUACCACACCAGUAGCAAUAAACACAACAUUGUCACCAACAACAACAACAACAGACGUUAUUUCAAGUGCACCACCCCAAAUAACUACAACUGCAGCUUCAGUUACAACUACAACAGCACCAGCUGGGACAACAACCACUGCAGAGAGAUCCAGCACAUCAGCUCACACAACAACCCUGCCAACAUCAACAACAACCAGUCCAGAAACAACGACCGCAGAAGCAGCAGCAACAGUUACAGAAAUUAUUACAACUUCACCAGUCCCAAUAACUACAACUGCGGUGUCAUUCUUCAGCUACAACUACAACAGCACCAGCUGGGACAACACCCACUGCAGAGAGAUCCAGCACAUCACCCCCCAAACCACCCCUGCCAACAUCAACAACAACCACUACAGAAACAACGACCGCAGAAGCAGCAGCAACAGUUACAGAAAUUAUUACAACUUCACCAGUCCCAAUAACUACAACUGCAGCUUCAGCUACAACUACAACAGCACCAGCUGGGACAUCAACCACUGCAGAGAGAUCCAGCACAUCAGCCCACCCAACACCCCUGCCAACAUCAACAACAACCACUACAGAAACAACGACCGCAGAAGCAGCAGCAACAGCUACAGAAAUUAUUACAACUUCACCAGUCCCAAUAACUACAACUGCGUGUCAUUGUCAACCUCAACGGAAUUAGCAACCAGUGUAGAGACAAGUAGCACAUCAGUUCAAACGACAACAACAGAAUUAGCAACAACAACCAUUGCAGACACACUUACCACAGCAGCAGCAACAGCUACAACAUUAUCAGCAACAACAACCACAGAAGUUAUUACAAAUACACCACUCCCAAUAACUACAACUGCAGCUCAAUUUUCAACCUCAACUCUACUACCUGAAUCAGCGACCAGUGUCGAGACAAGUAACACCUCUGCUCAAACAACAAUAACACAAUCAGCGACAACAACCACUACAGAAACAAUGACCACACAAGCAGCAAUAACCACAUCAUUGUCACUAAGAACAACAACAACAGACAUUAUUUCAAGUGGACCAGCCCAAACAACUACAACUGCAUCUCUAGUUACAACUACGACAGUGCCAGCUGGGACAACAACCAAUGUAGCAACAACAAGCACAUCAGCUCAAACAAUGACCCUGCCGUCAUCAGCAACAACCAUUCCAGAAACAACAACCACACAAGCAGCAACAAUUACAACAAUAUCAGCAACAACAACCACAGAAGUUAUUACAAACACACCAUUCCCCAUAACUACAGCUGCAGGACAAUUUUCAACUGUACUAGCUGAAUCAGCAACUAGGGUUGAGACAAGUAGCACAUCAGCUCAAACAGCAACAACACAAAUACCGACAACAAGUAUUCCAGAAACAACCACACCAGUAGCAAUAACCACAACAUUGUCACCAACAACAACAGACAUUAUUUCAAGUGCACCAGCCCAAAUAACUACAACUGCAGCUUCAGUUACAACAGUACUGGCUAGGACAACAACCGCUGCAGAGACAACAAACACAUCUGCUCAAACAACAACCAUUCCAGACAGAACAACCACACAAGCAGCACCAACUACAGCAUUAUCAGCAACAAUCACAGAGAUUAUUACAAAUUCACCAGUCCCAGUAAUUACAACUACACCUGUAGUUACAACUACAACAGCACCAGCUGGGACAACAACCAAUGUAGCGACAACAAGCACAUCAGCUCAAACAAUGACCCUGCCAUCAUCAACAACAACCAUCCCAGAAACAACAACCACACAAGCAGGAACAACUACAACAUUAUCAGCAACAACAACCACAGAAGUUAUUACAAACACACCACUCCCAAUAACUACAGCUGCAGCACAAUUUCCAACCUCAACUCUACUAGUUGAAUCAGCAACUAGUGUCGAGACAAGUAGCACAUCAGCUCAAACAGCAACAACACAAAUACCGACAACAAUCAUUCCAGAAACAACCACACCAAUAGCAAUAACCACAACAUUGUCACCAACAACAACAGACAUUAUUUCAAGUGCACCAGCCCAAAUAACUACAACUGCAGCUUCAGUUACAACAGUACUGGCUAGGACAACAACCGCUGCAGAGACAACAAACACAUCUGCUCAAACAACAACCAUUCCAGACAGAACAACCACACAAGCAGCACCAACUACAGCAUUAUCAGCAACAAUCACAGAGAUUAUUACAAAUUCACCAGUCCCAGUAAUUACAACUACACCUGUAGUUACAACUACAACAGCACCAGCUGGGACAACAACCAAUGUAGCGACAACAAGCACAUCAGCUCAAACAAUGACCCUGCCAUCAUCAACAACAACCAUCCCAGAAACAACAACCACACAAGCAGGAACAACUACAACAUUAUCAGCAACAACAACCACAGAAGUUAUUACAAACACACCACUCCCAAUAACUACAGCUGCAGCACAAUUUCCAACCUCAACUCUACUAGUUGAAUCAGCAACUAGUGUCGAGACAAGUAGCACAUCAGCUCAAACAGCAACAACACAAAUACCGACAACAAUCAUUCCAGAAACAACCACACCAAUAGCAAUAACCACAACAUUGUCACCCUGUCGACCAGCCCAAACAACUACAACUGCAUCUCUAGUUACAACUACGACAGUGCCAGCUGGGACAACAACCAAUGUAGCAACAACAAGCACAUCAGCUCAAACAAUGACCCUGCCAUCAUCAACAACAACCAUCCCAGAAACAACAACCACACAAGCAGGAACAACUACAACAUUAUCAGCAACAACAACCACAGAAGUUAUUACAAACACACCACUCCCAAUAACUACAGCUGCAGCACAAUUUCCAACCUCAACUCUACUAGUUGAAUCAGCAACUAGUGUCGAGACAAAAACAACCACACCAGUAGCAAUAACCACAACAUUGUCACCAACAACAACAGACAUUAUUUCAAGUGCACCAGCCCCAACCACAGAAGUUAUAACAUCUAUAUUAGUCCCAAUAACUGCAACUACAGCUCCAUUGUCAUCCUCAACUACAACAGCAGCAGGAACUGCCACUACACCAGCCCCAACAGCAACAAGUGCUGCGGUAACAGCCACUACAGCAGCCCCAACAGCAACAAGUGCUGCGGUAACAGCCACUACAGCAGCCCUAACAGGCACAACUGCUGCAGUAACUGCCACUACAGCAGCCCCAACAACCCUUACAGCAGCAGGAACUGCCACUACAGCAGCUCCAACAGCAACAACUGCUGCGGUAACAGCCACUACAGCAAGCCCAACAACCCAUACAGCAGCAGGAACUGCCACUACAGCAGGCCCAACAGCAACAACUGCUGCGGUAACAGCCACUACAGUAGCAGGAACUGCCACUACAGCAGCCCCAACAGGCACAACUGCUGCGGUAACUGCCACUACAGCAGCCCCAACAACCCUUACAGCAGCAGGAACUGCCACUACAGCAGCCCCAACAGCAACAAGUGCUGCGGUAACAGCCACUACAGCAGCCCUAACAGGCACAACUGCUGCGGUAACAGCCACUACAGCAGCCCUAACAGGCACAACUGCUGCAGUAACUGCCACUACAGCAGCCCCAACAGCAACAAGUGCUGCGGUAACAGGCACUACAGCAGCCCCAACUGGCACAACUGCUGCGGUAACACUCACUACUGCAGCCCCAACAGCAACAACUGCUGCGGUAACUGCCACUACAGCAGCCCCAACAACCCUUACAGCAGCAGGAACUGCCACUACAGCAGGCCCAACAGCAACAACUGCUGCGCCACUACAGCAACCCCAACAACCCAUACAGCAGCAGGAACUGCCACUACAGCAGCCCCAACAGGCACAACUGCUGAAUAACAGCUACUACAGCAGCCCCAACAGGCACAACUGCUGCGAUAACAGCCACAACAGCAACAAGUGCUGCGGUAACAGCCACUACAGCAACCCCAACAACCCAUACAGCAGCAGGAACUGCCACUACAGCAGCCCCAACAGCCAUUACAGUAGCAGGAACUGCAACUACAGCAGCCCCAACAGCCACAACAGUAGCAGGAACUGCCACUACAGCAGCUCCAACAGCCACUACAGUAGCAGGAACUGCAACUACAGCAGCUCCACCAGCAACAACUGCUACAGUAACAACGACUUCAGUAGCCCCAACUGGCACAACUGCUGCGGUAACACUCACUACAGCAGCUCCAACAGCAACAACUGCUGCGGUAACAGCGACUACAGCAGCCCCAACAGGGUUGAAGGUUCCACAAAAGCAUUAAAAGCCAAUAGAACUGAAGCCGACAUGGGGAUUGAGUUUGCCUCAGUUACACCAACCGAGUUACCAGGGGCCACGGACAUUGCUGAUGCAUUUGUAAAGGGUCUAAGUGACCCUAACGUUACAUUCAGUUUGACAGUAGAUGCUCAAACAGUGGAGGUUACAGCUGCAAGUGUUACUGGCUUCGACAUUGACACCGGCUCCAUCACUGUUGAUGGCAUACCAACAACAACCACCACCAUUGCACCCACAACCACCACUGCGGCAACAACAACCACCACACCGGCAACAACAACAUCCCCAGUUCCUAUUACAACAACCGCAACUGCUCAAGCAACAACAACCACCACUGCUCCAGCAACAACAACCACCACCAUUGCACCCACAACCACCACUGCGGCAACAACAACCACCACACCGGCAACAACAACAUCCACAGCUCUUGUAACAACAACCACCACUGCGGCAACAACAACCACCACCACUUCAACAAUAACCUCCAGCUCCUGUAGAACAACCACCACUGCUCCAGCAACAACACCCACCACCACCACUGCUGCAGCAACAACAUCCACAGCUCUUGUAACAACAACCACCACUGCUCCAGCAACAACACCCACCACCAUUGCACCCACAACCACCACUGCUCCAGCAACAACACCCACCACCACCACUGCUGCAACAACAACCUCCACAGCUCAAGCAACAACACCCACCACGGCCAAAACAACAACGUCCACAGCUCCUAUAAUAACAACCACCACUUCUGCAACAACCAGUGUCGCAACAACACUGUCCACAGCUCCUGUAACAACAACCACCACUGCUCCAGCAACAACAACCACCACUGCUGCAACAACAACCUCCACAGCUCCUGUAGAACAACCACCACUGCUCCAGCAACAACAACCACCACUGCCGCAACCUCCUGUAACAACAACCACAACUGCUCCAGCAACAACAACCACCACCACCACCGUUGCAACAACAACCUCCACAGCUCCUUCAACAACAACCACUCCUGCAACAACAAUGUCCACAGUUCCUGUAACAACAACCACCACUGCUCCAGCAACAACAUCCACCGCCUUAGCUUCAACAGCAACCACCACUGCCACAACAACCUCCACAGCUCCAACAACAACAACCUCCACCUUAGCUUCAACAACAACCACCACUGCAGCCACAACAAAUACAAUUGGAACAACAAUUACAACUUCUACACCAUUUACAACAACUACUGCUGCAACAACAUCCACUGUGGGAACAACUCUAACAGUGGCAGUUUCUGUUUUGCAAAUUUAUUUUAGCUCAGAUGAAACAUUUAUUCCUGAUCUACGCGAUCCACACGCGGAGGCUUUUAGAAACAGAUCUAAUUUAAUAUUGUCACAGGUAAAUAUCACAUUUUAUAUGCAACAUUGUCUAUUUUAUAAAAUUAGUAAAGAGAAUUAUAUGAUUUUUUUUACUAUGGGAACUACGACUGUAGGCACCCUGAACACUACAACACCAGCAACCACUACUGCAGCAACAACAUCUACCACGGCCAAUUAUACGACAAACACAACUGCUCCUACAACAAUAACAACCACUGCUGCAACAACAACCUCCAUAGCUCUUACAACAACCACCAUUGCUGCAACAACAGCAACCACUGCUACAACAACAACAUCCACAGCUCUUGUAACAACAACCACCACUGCUCAAGCAACAACAACUACCACCACUGCACCCACAAUCACCACUGCGGCAACAACAACAUCCACAGUUCCUAUAACAACAACCACAACUGCUCAAGCAACAACAACCACCACCACUUCAACAACAACCUCCACAGCUCCUGUAACAACAACCACAACUGCUCCAGCAAAACUGCCACAACUGCCACCGCUGCAGCAACAACAACCACCACUCCGAACAACCACCACCACCGCUGCAACAACAACCUCCACAGCUCCUUCUACAACAACCACUCCCGCAACGACAACGUCCACAGCUCCUGUAACAAUAACCACAACUGCUCCAGCAACAACAAACACCACCCCGGCGGAAACACAAAUUUCCAAAUUUCCUAUAACAACAAGCACAACAACCUCCACAGCUUGUGUAACAACCACCACUGGCCCCAGUAACAACAACAACCCCCUUAGCUUUAACAGCAACCAACACUGCCACAACAAUGUCCACAGCUCCUGUAACAACAACCACAACUGCUCCAGCAACAACAAACACCACCCCGGCGGAAACACAAAUUUCCAAAUUUCCUAUAACAACAAGCACAACAACCUCCACAGCUUGUGUAACAACCACCACUGCUCCAGUAACAACAACAACCACCUUAGCUUUAACAGCAACCAACCCUGCCACAACAAUGUCCACAGCUCCUGUAACAACAACCACAACUGCUCCAGCAACAACAACCACCACCACUGCGCUUGUGUAACAACCACCACUGGCCCCAGUAACAACAACAACCCCCUUAGCUUUAACAGCAACCAACCCUGCCACAACAAUGUCCACAGCUCCUGUAACAACAACCACAACUGCUCCAGCAACAACAACCACCACCACUGCGGCAACAACAAUGUCCAAAGUUCCUAUAACAACAAGCACAACAACCUCCACAGCUUGUGUAACAACCACCACUGCUCCAGUAACAACAACAACCACCUUAGCUUUAACAGCAACCAACACUGCCACAACAAUGUCCACAGCUCCUGUAACAACAACCACCACUUCCGCAACAACAACGUCCAGAGCUCCUAUAACAACAACCACCACUCCUGCAACAACCAAUGCCGCAACAAUGUCCACAGCUCCUAUAACAACAACCACAACUGCUCCAGCAACAACAACCACCAAUGCUGCAACAUCAACCUUCAUAGCUCCUGCAACAACAACCACCAUCGCUACGACAACUACCACUCCCACAACAACAACGUCCACAGCUCCUGUAACAACAUCCACCACUGCUCUAGCAACAACAACCACCAUAGCUCCAACAGCAGCCACCACUGCCACAACAACAUCUACAGCUCCUGUAACAACAACCACCACUGCUGCAACAAGAACGUCCAUAGCUCCUAUAAUAACAACUACCACUGGCUCAAAAACUUCCACAGCUCCUGCAACAACAAUCACCACUGCUACAAUUACAACCUCCACUGCACCUGCAACAACAACUACCACUGCUGUAACAACUACUGCCACAGCUCCUGUAACAACAACCACUGCUGCAGCAACGGCCGAAACAACUCCUACAACAACAACCACCACUGCUCCUGUAACAACAACAAAGAGCACUGCAAUUACAACAACCACUGCAACAACAACUAUUGCCGCAAUAACAACGUCCACAACUCCUAUAACUACAAUCACUACCGCUCCAGAAGCUACAACCACCACUGCUGCAACAUCAACCUUCAUAGCUCCUGCAACAACCCCUGCUGCAACAACCACCACUGCUGCAACAUCAAUCACCACCGCUAUGACUACUACCACUCCGACAACAACAACAUCCACAGCUCCUGUAUUAUCAUCCACCACUGCUCCAGCAACAACAACCACCUUAGCUCCAACAGCAACCACCACUGCCACAACAACAACCACCAUCGCUGCAACUACCACUGCCACAACAUCUACAGCUCCUGUAACAACAACUACCACUGCUGCAACAAGAACGUCCACAGCUCCUAUAAUAACAACCCCCACUGCAACAACUUCCACUGUGCCUGCAACAACAACCACCACUGCUGUAACAACUACUGCCACAGCUCAUGUAACAACAACAAACAGCACUGCAAUUACAACCACCACUGCAACAACAACUAUUGCCGCAACAACAACUUCCACAACUCCUAUAACAACAACCACCACUGCAAAUACUACUUCAAUCACACUGCCAACAAUUUCUGGAGCGACAACUACUACUGUUAA